GUAGCGUGUCAUAUUUUUAUUUCGUUUCAAAUAACUUCCCUUAAAGUUAUAUGAACCAUAGCUGUUUAGACAGUUUUUCAUUUUCAGUGUUUCACUAGAUAUUCAUAAUGGACAACAGAGAUGGUAUUGGAGCAACUGGAUUGAAGACUAAGAUUAUAGUGAAUUACAUACCGCAAAGCAUGAGUGAUGAUGAAUUUAGACAGUUAUUUAGUCAAUGUGGUGCUCUACAAGAAUGUAAAAUAAUUCGAGAUAAACAAACGAACUAUAGUUUUGGAUACGGUUUUGUUGAUUAUUUAAAACCAGAAUUUGCAAGUUUAGCUAUUUCCAAGUUAAAUGGAUUUCAAAUACAAAAUAAAAGUAUUAAAGUUGCAUAUUCAAAACCGCCAGGGUGUAGUAAAAAUGCCAAUCUCUAUGUUACUGGACUAGGAAAACAUACAAAUGAAAAAUCUUUAGAAGAGUUAUUUGGAGUUUAUGGUGAAAUUAUUCAAACAAAAUUACUAAGAGGAGCUGACGGUACUUCUAAAGAAAUUGGAUUUGUUUUGUUCAAAGAAAAGCCACAUGCUGAUAAUGCUAUAAAAAAUUUGCAAGGGUAUUCCGAUGGUAAUGGAAUGAAUUUACAGAUAAAGUAUGCUAAAGAUCAAAAUGAAAAUCAGAAGCAAAUGCCAAAGUUCAAUGGCUUUUAUCAAACCAAUAUGCAAAGGAUGUCUCAAAGUUCAUUAAUGGCAGAAAGUUACCCGUAUAAUGUUGCUCCAUACAGUGCUGGUGUUAUGGGACGUGGAAUGGACUAUGGAGGAGGCUAUGAUAGUGCCAUGGGUAUCGGAAAAGCUAUUCGUGGUCGAGGUGUUGGUACACGAUUUAAUCCACUUGCAAGACCUUUAAAUAGUGACAUUGGUUUAGAGCAAUAUGACCCUUUUACAGAGUCGAUAGUAUUGUUUGUUUAUAAUAUUGGUCCUAAUGCGCAGGACAGUGACUUGUAUGGUUUAUUUUGUAGGUUUGGUAGGAUUAACAAAGUAAAUGUUAUAGCAGGUAAAGGAUAUGGUUUUGUACAUAUGCCUGUACUCAAUGAGGCACAAGCAGCAGUUAAUGCUUUAAACGGAAUGUUUUAUAAUGGUAAAAAUCUUCAAGUUUCUGUUAAGGCCAGCAAGUAAUAAUUCAUCUUAAGGUAAUCAUUAAAUUUCAUUUCUGAAACAUCAAAAGUUUUAAUGAUAUCCUUUAAAAAAUUAUUUUAAUGAAAAGCUUCUGGAUGGUUGUUAACUAUUUUUUGUCGAGUCUGUUGCAAUCAUGUGUUAAAUGACGAAGUGAAAAACCUCUGGCACUAGUUUUAGUCGUACCAUUUUCAGAUAAAUGCCAAUGCAUUUGAAAAUGUUUUUCAUUUGCAUUUGUGGUACCGUUAACAAUUUGAGUGCUUUUCUGGUAAUUUCGGUCCAGUUUUUUUUGUUUUGUUUUGUUUUUUUUUUAUUUUCAACGAACAGUUUUAUUUACUGAGCAAA